GUGGAUACAGAUGCCGUUGACGGGGUCUUUGACAUCUCCAACGCGGACAGGCUGGGUUUCUCUGAGGUGCAGCUGGUCCAGAUGGUGAUCGAUGGCAUCAAGCUGCUAGUGGAAAUGGAGAAAAGGCUCGAGAAGGAGGAGCCCAUUGAUGACCUCAUGCCAGCCGACCUUCAGCUCAAUGUGUUUACUGCAGAGGAAGAGUUCCCAGAUUUCAGUCAGCACAACAACCACAUUGCCAAGUUUUUAACCCUAGAAAUGUACAAGACGCUGAGGCAGCGUUGCACCCCCAACGGCUUCACCAUAGAUGAUGUUAUUCAGACAGGCGUGGAUAAUCCAGGUCACCCCUUUAUCAUGACUGUGGGCU